GAUGGGACUUUUUGUCAUGGAUUCCAAAUUGCAUUGUGUUGGGGGUUAUAACAUUGUAUUGAAUGAGGAUGUUCCUCAUUUUGAGAUGGACGGGAGGACGUUUCGACCUGACCCUGAAAUUAGCUGCCCCAACACAGAGGUCUUCACCUUUGACCCGUCAUCCAAGACCCUCUAUAGGGACAAUAACUUUCCCAACCUUUUGGGUCCGAAGUCCAGCCCCAUCGUGGUCACCCUUGGGUAUAAAAACAGAGUAUAUGUCCUCUCUACAGAUCCAGCCUUCCUUUUUUCUGAUAAUUUACCUGAACCACUUUUCGAGUAUUUUGAUUUUGAUUCAAGAAUCUGGAAAGCUCUCCCUUCCCCCCUCCACAAAUGCAGGCGCCCUAUCGUUUCCUACUAUGCUAUUGGCCACAAGCUGUACCUUAAAACCAACCAAUUUUCGUUCAUUUUUGAUGCACUCAAAGAAAAAUGGGACUCGUCAGAUGACGUCCCAUUUAAUGUUCCCAAUCUUCUGUGCUCUCUAGAAUACAAUGGCUUUCUAAUUGCCAUGCCCGACGGCAAAGAACGUCUUGUUGCCUAUAACUUGGACUCAUUUGGGCACAGCAAUUCUUAUCAGCUUCUAGCUCAGCUACAGGACGUAUUCAAGGCUCCCUUUUACGAGCCCAUGGAGUGCUUUCUCACCCGUCUUGACGAUCAUGGCCGCAUGUGCCUCCUCUAUUCAGGCACGCCCAACUAUUCCAAUAGGUUGUGUGCCCGUGUAGCGGUGUUUCAAGUGUUCGUCUCAAACUCAACUGACAAUCCAGUUGUCACUGCAGUUCUAGAGGCUGUCGAAGACUAUGAUAUCGAGGACUUAAUGCUUUGUGAUUACACUAUUUACUCAACGUUCAUCAUGUAUGAUGAUUUGAACAAGGACGAUACCAUGGCUGAUGCAAGUUUCACAAACUUAACUCUUUCUGGCUAGGACAGGUGUGUUUCGCGAGUGAGACUGUAAUUAUUUUUGCCAAGGCAACUACCAUGGGUGCUAGGAAUGUUCUAUGUAAAUGCUUCAGGUCAACAAAUCUUCUAUGUAUCUCUUCUAAUACAAAUAACUAGGCAAAGAAUGAAAUAGUUAAUAUUCUUCAAAUUCAACACAAAACUACUAUUGGUAAAUA